AUGGAUGUGAAUUGGGCUUCUGAUCCCAAUACCAAUUGGAAGAGUACAUUGGGCUCAGUCAUCAAGAUUUUUGGCAGUGUUGUGACCUGGAAUUCACAUGUCCAAAAAUGUGUUGCCAGUUUGGCUGUAGAAGCCAAAUACAUUGCUGGUUUGGGAGCCACAAGAGAAGCACUCUUCCACAAGCAUCUACUCUGCAGCCUUGGAUUUGGAGAUCACAUGCCUAUUGUAUUCACUGACAACACCAGAUGCAUUCAGGUAGUGAAUGACCCUGCCUUACAUUCAAAACUCAAGCAUGUUGAUACAAAAUAUCACCUCAUCCAUGAUCAUGUACAAGAAGGGGACAUCUCCAUAAGGUACAAUAACACUGAUAGCAACAUUGCAGAUUUCCUCACCAAACCAGUCUCCAAGACCCUCUUGGCACAUACACAAAAACAAUUGGGAAUGAUUAAUGUUGGAUCAUAA